AAUCAGCAGCUCCCACUGCACCCAACAGGAGAUGCAAAUGUCCAACAGAAAAUGUCCUUUGCUUCAGUUUUCCCUGUCUCUAAAAUGGGCAUAAUAACAUUUACACUCCAUGUGCUUCCAGAUCAUCAGGUGGAAAGUGCUGAAUAACCAGAUGCUUUUUCUUCUUCUCGUGCUGAGCUUAUAAUGGUUGUGUCCUGCCUGUGGACUCUCGGCAGCACAAGCUCAGAAGUUAUAAUAUAUUCAGAGAUAUAAUUAACUGUAUUAAUUAUUACUACAGAGUCCAAACAGCAAAAUGAGGCCUGUCCAUGGCUUUGAUUGGAGGCUGAUCUAUAAAGUAAGUGUGAAGUCAGAACGACUGGCUGGUUUUGCAAGGUAACCAAGCAAAGUGCCAGAAUGUUUAAAAUGUGCUAAAAGAAUGAAGGCACCUUGCCUGUAAAGUAACCAGAGUUCUGGGAGAUGAGACUCAUGAACAGGAGGAUGCAGAGGCUCAUCUCAGAGAAGAAACAUCCAUUUUUCUAAGUCCCAUAAUUCACUGACCCCAGACUUACAAAGGAAUGACAGAAGGACCCUCUGUGUUGGGGAAGAGUGGUCAGUUGUUUAAGAGAGGGAAGAUUUGAGAGAGAGAAACUUUGCAAAAUACAUUUAAAGUAUCCCGGCUCCUUAUUCUCCCUUAUCUUCAGCUAAACAUAUAUGCUCUUCCACUGGGGAGGGGAAAAGUUUUCAGAGAGCUUUCGUGGGAGUAGAUCCAGCAAUAUCCUGGUGGCCAGGCAUUCUAGUUUUUGUAAAGACGUUUUGUAAAUAGUUUGAAUGUGGCAUUGUGAUGGAAUGGGGAAAAUGUCCGGGCAUGAGCAGAGUCCCCAAUCUGCUAAGAAUAGCCAUGUCCUCUUUCAAUUUCUCUGUUAAAGGAAACCACUAUAGGCUCCUGCUCCAUAGAAGCUUCCCCUUUCCAUUACUUUGGUUUUAAGUGUAGUUCUGAUAUUCUCUGGGUCAGGGGGUUUGAAGGUAGGUAGGUAGGAGCCAUGUGCCAAACCAGCAUCAUCCUUGCGCAUUACUUGGGUGCUAUGUAUGAAGCUACCAUGACUUUCUAGCUUUCAGUGCCUACGCUGUGUAACUUUCAGUGUUUCCAUCUUCUGAUAACAGCCCAGCCCCCUCUCCAGUAAUAUCCAGCACUCACUUGCCCCCACCCCCACCAUCCCAAAUGUGACACUGAAAACCAUGAGCUAAGGAAGACUACAGACAAACACGAAAGGUCACAGACAGGAUGGCGAGGGCUUUGUUGUGCAGGAGAUAAGCUUAGUUCCUGACCAUGCCUAGGAAAGAGGCACCAGCAGAGCAUCUCCAUCUGGAUGCUUGCUCUCGGGCUCUGUGCUCCUGGGUCAGCACAUCUAACACUAUUAUGCUGGAGAAACGCUGGUUCUGAAUCUCCAUUCAGAAGCACUGUGAGGCCUAGAAUGGUAAAGAGACAGUAACUGAAUUUCAAUCAGCAGCACUAGGCAGUGAGGUGCAAACACUCAGCAUGGCUCUGAGCUGCGUUAUCAGUGCAGCCAGCCAGGGCGUGCCUGGUCUUCUGGGUGUCCAGCACCUCGCCCGCUGCAAGGGGCCGAUAGAGGAGCAGCGAGAGCUCACCGCCCAGCCUUCUGGGUGUGGUCAGGAGCCCUUGGCAAUGGAUAGUCUCCAGGGACUUGAUCCUGACCUGGGCUGAGCGCUCUCUAGGGCAAAUGGAAGUAGAGGGUGCUCAGCACCUCCCAGGAGUGCUCAGCAGGAUGGCGCCUGAGAGGCGAGUUCAAGAGAAUGUUGGCAUGGCUGGAGACCUCUUGUACAUCUCUGAGUAUUUCUCUCAGAGUGCCCAGAAGCUGUCCUUUUACAGUUGGUAUGGGAACGCCAAGCUGUUCCGCUUCCAGGUGCCGGAGGACACAGUUCUGCUGCGCUGGCUCCUGCAGGCAUCCAAGGGAAAAGGACCUGAGUGCACCAGUAUGGCUAUCACCAUCCACUUCCGUUAUGGAGCCCCUCCUGUCAUUAACCCACUGGGCACCCAGUUUCCCUCGAAUGCAACUGUCCGCCCGUCCUACAACCUGACCAUGACUCUGAGCAUCACUCUGCAGAACAGCACCUUUAUGAACAUCACCACCCCAGCUGCUGGAGACUGGUUCAUCGCUGCUCACCUGCCUCAGGCUGCAGGCAAGAUCGAAGUGAAGGGUUUCUCCACUCCAUGCACCUAUAUAUUCCAGCCGGAUAUGUUUGUGCUGAGACUUGUUGAUAUCCCUGUCCUGGAACCAGACACUCCCCUGCAGCAAACCAUUGCCUCGCCUGCUAGGCCACUGCAUGUCAAGGUCUUCAUCCCCGAGUACACUGCCAUGAUGCAGUUCACACUGCGGAGCUGUGUGGUGAACAGCACAAAGGCAUGUGCCAUACGGGUCGUGCUGGGCUCCAUCAUGCUGCCGCAGUCCUUCCAGAAAACCCUCAGCUGCAAAGAGACAGUGGAUUGCAGCCUGGUCCUCCAUUCGCCCCCGUGGGAGAAGUGGCUGCAGAUCAUGGCAGAGAAUCUGGGCACCGACAACGCCAGCGUCUCCUUUGAGAUGAUUGCUUCCUUCACAGCUUGCAAGCCGGGGAGCACCAAUUCAUUCCUUAACUUCUACAACAGCCUGAAUCAGAGCCAGAGCACUCCAGCUCUGGGCAGGGGUCCCAAUGCCAGCACCCCGGGAAUGAUGAGGAACACCACUCCACCCGCAGUGGGUGCUGCAAACAAUGCAUCCGACCCAGGGACCUUCUGCCUCCAGAAUCAGCCCGUCAUCCGUGAGGACCUGGAUGUUGCCUCUGUGAGGUUCAGAGUCAUAAAUGGGCCCAGCAUUCCUGUCCACUCUGAAUUCCCCACGCUUCUCCUCUUCAACUUGAAUACUGGUAUGGACAGUGGAGGCACCCUGGUGGUGAACCUGCUGCUGAACGAGAUCUUGUGUGUUUUGUUUCCACAGACAUCCCUAAGCAUAGGCAAUGCUAGUGUGUUCGCGUGCAUGAGUGCUGCCUCUCCAGUGCUGACCCUCAAUAUCACACAGAACUGCAGCACAGCUUUUUUCCAGGGCUACCCUCUGAACGUGACUGCGUCUUCCACAGAAGCAACGCUGAUUAUUCCCUAUCCAGAGACUGACAACUGGUUCCUUUCCCUGCAGCUCAUCUGCCCACGGGGCCAAGGGGCAUGUAAGAAAGCGAAAGCCAAUGUGACCGUCUCUACAUACCUCACCCCCUGCUUUGACGACUGUGGGACAUAUGGACAGUGCAGUCUUCUGAGAAGACAUGGCUACCUCUACGCUGGCUGCAGCUGUAAAGCUGGUUGGGGCGGAUGGAGCUGCACUGAUAACACUAAAGCCCAGUCUGUCGGAUUACAGAAUCUGGCCACCCUUCUGCUCACGCUCAGUAACCUCAUGUUCCUGCCAGCCAUUGCAGUUGCUCUGUAUCGCUACUACCUGGUGGAGGCCUCUGUUUACAGCUACACCAUGUUCUUCUCCACGUUCUACCAUGCAUGUGACCAGCCAGGAGUCGCUGUGAUGUGCAUCAUGGAUUACGACACUCUGCAGUACUGCGACUUCCUGGGCUCCGUAGUUGCCAUUUGGGUGACGAUCCUGUGUAUGGCCCGAGUGAAGAAAAUCUUAAAAUACGUUCUCUUUGUGCUGGGGACCCUGUUAAUUGCUGUGUCCCUGCAGCUGGACCGCAGAGGCAUUUGGAACAUGAUGGGCCCCUGUCUUUUUGCUCUCAUCGUCAUGAUCAUGGCAUGGGUUUACCACGGAGUGAAGCGCCGCCAUUGCUACCCCACCUCAUGGAAGCGCUGGGUUUUCUACCUCAUUCCAGGGAUCACCUUGGCUUUCAUCGCCAUCUCAGUGUAUGCAUUCAUGGAAACCAAUGACAACUACUACUACACGCACAGCAUCUGGCACAUCCUGGUGGCCAGCAGUGUGGCUUUCCUACUCCCGCCUCGUGAUAAGCAUAAGAAGCCCUGGGCCUGGUCACAGAAGCUCAUCUGUCGCUAUGAGAUAUGCAGAAAUGACCGUGAGGAACUCUACGCGGUGACCUGAGUCGGGCUGGCGCGUGCAGGGUCACAGGCCAGUGGGCUGGAGGGCUUGCUUGGGCCCUUCUUCUCCAGACCAGUGAGAACUGCCACGUGUGCAUGCUCAGAACUCAGUAAUGCACUUGUUCGCUAGCCAGGGCAGCACAAUGGCAGGAGCAGGUUUGACUGUGCAGAUGCUGGACCUCUGCCUCCAGGGAAGAUGGUGACAAGGAGUCCCUGCACCCUUCCACAGGAUAGGGAGAGGCUUCUAAUGUUUUUUAUAAACGAAGGAAUAGCCUGCAUCCACAUGCCACCAAAAAGAUGAGAGCUCCAUUCCCUUCCUGCCAUGGCAACUGGUCUGGGGCUCACUGUUACCAACCAUAGCAAUGACUCUGGCACCAGAGUGUCUCUCCCAAUGCCAGCUCCUCGAAGAGGGCUCGAAGGUGGUGCCUGGCUUUGUUUCCACUAGGAGUUCCUGUGAUCUCACCUCGCUUUGCCAUGGUAAGGGCAACUACCCCAGCUGUUUAUGAGCUGGAGCUGGUGGCCUCUUUCAGCAAGGCAUGUCUGUCUCAUCUUGGCAUUAUUGGGGAGCUCCAGGGGUGCGGUGGGCUGCCCAUCCCAAAGCAAAACUAUGAAAAUAGAGGCACACUGUGCUCAUGUGUUCUAGAACUAGCUGUCCCUUUGCCCAUCUCCAUGAUAUGCUGAAGGGUGCGAGUCCAUCACACCCUGCUUUGUGUUGGGGGAAUAAUGACUGACGUGGAAAUUCUGCCACUGAAACAAGAACCAAACCCCAGAUCAAGCUACUGCUUUCACUGCUGCUGGAAUUUGUUUAAAUGCCCCUGGCGGCUAUAGCAGUUCUUGUGAUUGCAGUAGGUAGUUGAGAGAAAGUAGGCGAGUCCUGGACAGAGGGUCUGUCUUAUGAGGAGGGGGCAGAAUGAGACUUUGACAUCCCAUGUAUUGGAUAGCUGUAUCUUGCUGAACAUGGUGGGACAGAUUUUCAACCUGGCCUUAACUAGCCCUCCCUUUC